GUCUUUGGAUGGGGUGGCUCUUGGGGUCUCUGCUGGCUCUGUGCCAGGCUUUGCGAGGGUGCAAACUUGGCGUGGCAAGAGCAGCAAGUGGUGGCGCACCACGUUCCCUCCGAAAGAGGAGCGCAAGGAUGGCAGUGGCACUCUUCCUUGGGAGCCCUUCCUCCCUCGUGCCUCCCCCCCGGCCCCCCCGGCCCCUGCCAAGCUCCUCCUCUGGCUCUGCCUUGGGCAGGGGGGUCUCUGCCGUGGCCCUUCCCUUGCCACUCCUUCACAAAUUGUGAGUUGUGGGUACAGCUGCUGCUCGCCUUGCGUUGCUGCCGACAGAGUUCCUGCUGAGCGCAAAGGAGUCGCCAACCCGUCACCGAUGGAGAAAGUCCUCCACUUUGCCGUCUGCGCCUGCGCCGCUUUGCUGCUGAUUGGAGAACCUACUUCGACAGGUGCAGCUGAGCAUGAAGAUUCCAUGCAAAAGGACAGUGGCGGUGGCGGAGGAGGCGGGAAGGACUGGCCGACAAUGUACGUCACAACCAUCUUGGAAGACCCCUACGUAAUGGCCAAGGGCACGGAGCUGGAAGGCUAUUGCAUUGACCUGCUGGAGAAGCUGUCGGAGGUGCUGCACUUCAAGUACAAGGUGGGCGUCGUGAAGGACGGGAAGUACGGAACCCUGAAUCCCAACGGGAACUGGACUGGGAUGAUCGGAGAGGUCGUCAGGAAGGAAGCGGACCUUGCUGUUGCUCCGUUGACGAUAACGUCCGUGAGGGAAGACGCCGUGGACUUCACCCAGCCCUUCCUGCACACGGGCAUCGGCAUCCUGCUUGAGAAGGAGUCUGCCCUUGAGGAGGCCUCGCUCUUCCACUUCCUGACCCCCUUCAGCAAGGAGACCUGGGGCGGCAUCGCCAUCGCCUACCUGCUCUCCAGCCUCUGCUUGUUCCUGGCUGCCAGAAUAAGCCCAAGUGAAUGGGAUGGAGACGAUGAGUUCCGUUACACGUUCCUCAACAGCCUGUGGUUCGGAGCAGGAGCAUUCACUCUGCAAGGGGUGAUGCCUCAACCCAAAUCGCUCGCCAUCCGGAUCAUCUCUGCCAUCUGGUGGCUCUUCAGCAUCGUGCUCCUGACGGCCUACAUUGCCGGGUUCAGCUUCAUCUUGGAGUCCAGCUCCGACCAGAUCGCCAUCCACAACUUUGAAGACCUGGUCAAACAGAGGGAGCUGGAUUUUGGGACCAUGGAGAGCUCCUCCACACUCCAGUAUUUCAAGAACUCAAAGAACCCAGUCCAGCAAAUGGUCUACGAGUCCAUGAACAGAAAGAAGGACACCGUUUUUGCAAAGAACUACCAGGAGGCCAUCCAGAGGGUCCUGAAUUCGGAUUAUGCGUUCAUUGGAGAGUCCAUCUCUCAGGACCUGGCGGUUGCCAGGCAUUGCAACUUGGUCCGCUCUCCUGAAGUCAUUGGGGCCAGGGGCUUUGGCAUCGCCACGCAAAAAGGAUCUCCUUGGACCAACAAGCUGUCGGUGGCCAUCUUGAAGCUUGGGGAAUCGGGUGACCUCGACUACCUGCGCAGCAAAUGGUGGGAGAGCCGCUGCUCUGAAGACGACGAUGACCACUGGAGCCCCCUGAGACCUCACGCUCUCGGUGGCAUCUUCUUGAUACUUGCCAUGGGGCUUUUAUUGGGGUUGAUUGUCGCCAUGUUUGAGUUGUCCAGGAAAAGCAAGCACAGGGCUGAGCAGGAGAAGAAAUCCUGCUGCCCUUUGUUCACAGAGGAGCUGAGCCAACGGUUCCAAAACAGAGGAGAGCGGAGGCAAGAAACGGCCGGGAAAACAAAGCCCUGAAACGACACAGCAAGCCCAAAUUGUGAUGGACUCUUCUUUCUGUUGCCAUUCCCCUUCCCAUAUAUUCUGUAGCAAUGCUCUCUUAUACUUUGCAUAACAGUAUGACGUAACUAGGUAACCUUUUUGGGAUAACACAAAAUUUUGGGGAGACUCCUAACUAACACUUUUAGUGUGUCGUUUUAGCCAUUUCUGCAGCUCUUGACCAGCAUCACAGUUGUUCCUUUGUGAAGACAAAGCGUCGAAGAAGCCAACGCUGUGGACCUGGCAAGACGUGUGUUUAUGGGCCGCCUGUAAAAUCAAGCUACUUGUCUUUGUUAAAGUUCGCAUUCCUAACCCAUAACGGCGUGAAAGCAUUACCGUAUGAAAAUACAGAAAGUAAACUCGAAA